UUUGCUGCAACACUCAAGCAAGUAAAAGGUCAGGUUAUUUUAUCUCCGGUGAAUUUUUUAGCUUUACACUUAUUAAACCAAAUAACUGGCACACACACACACACACACACACACACACACACAGCUGGGUGUGUCUACAUACAGUAGUACUGAAGUUUACGACAGCGCGAGCGUUUGUGCGGUUGGGAACUGUAACGGUUACUUAACGUUGACGUCAGGACAGUUGGUGUUUGAGUGACAGCGUCUCUUCCCUGAUGUCGGGGUCAAAGUGUACACGCCUCAACGGGGCGCUGGUGAAACAAGUGCUGGACUCGGUGGACAGCGUCCUGUUUGACUGCGACGGGGUCAUCUGGCGGGGGGACCAGGCCAUCCCGGGCGCCUCUCAAGUCAUAAACCUGCUCAAGCAAAAGGGCAAGAAGGUGUUUUUCGUCACCAACAACAGCACCAAGACGAGGAAGAUGUACGUCGACAAAAUGUCUACGUUGGGGUUCAACGCGAAAGAGGACGAGGUGUUCGGGACGGCGUACUGCUCCGCCGUGUACCUGAAGACUGUCUGCAAGCUGGAGGGCAAAGUGUACCUGGUAGGAAGCAAUGCGAUGCGAGAGGAGCUGGAGGCGGUGGGGAUCCAGCAGACCGGGGUGGGACCCGACCACAUCUCCGGGAAGCAGACCGACUGGGCCAACGUGCCCCUGGAGUCCGAGGUGAAGGCGGUGGUGGUCGGCUUCGAUGAGCAUUUCAGUUACAUGAAGUUAAACAGAGCCUUGCAGUACCUGACCCAGCCGGGCUGUCUGUUUGUGGGAACCAACAGGGACACCAGGCUGCCCCUGGAGGGGGGCAAGGCCGUCCCAGGUACAGGCUGCCUGCUGCAGGCCGUGGAGACCGCCGCCCAGCGCCAAGCCCAGACGGUGGGCAAACCCAACCACUUCAUGUUCGACUGCGUGGCCUCCCAGUUCGGCGUGGACCCCAGCCGCUGCCUGAUGGUGGGCGACCGCCUCGACACAGACAUCAUGCUGGGAUCCAACUGCGGCCUGAAGACCCUCCUCACCCUCACAGGGGUCAGCACCGUGGCGGACGCCGAGGCCCAUCAGAAGAGCGGCUGUGCGGAGAGGCAGGGGAUGGUGCCCGAUUAUUACGUGGAGAGCAUCGCCGACCUUCUGCCGGCUCUGCAGGGAUGAAGUGUAGCUCCGUGAGAGCGAGAGGACUCCAGACUCCAUUGCUUACUAAAAGGGAAUAUUUUUCAUUAAGAUUUAUAUGAUUAAAAUCACAUCUAUUACAAAGUCACGACCGAGCAGCGAGCAGAUGUGCGACAGAGGAGACAAAGACUUCAUUAUUUAAAUAAAAAGAUUUAGUUUUUGAAAGUUAAAAACCUGCUAAUUUAAAACGAUUGUUUCAUAACAUAAGAACAAUGACUUACAGUAUUGUGUCAAUGUGUUGUAUCUUGCUGUUUGGAGAAAGGAGAAGGGAGAGUGUUCUUCAGUGAUGCAAUACAAGUCACACUCGAGGGGAAUGAGCACAUGAUGUGUUAACAGCUUGCUAAUAUGUGUGUGUUCAGGUUAACAGCUGUUUUAACGUCUAUAAAUCACACAGUGGAGCUGAACGCCACUGACCUGGCCUCGCUUAACCCUUUAUUCCCCACUGUUCUGCUGAACUGUGGAAAUAAUUAAUUACAUUAAUUGGAGUCGGUUCAUGAGUGAAACAUUAAAAGAUAGCGUAUACGUUU